AUGCAAUCUCGAAGACACGAAGAUUAUGCUUCCGAAUCUUCUUAUGGACGCGGCCGUCGCAACACUGAUCACGUUCCAGAUGGUUACUUAAUAAGGUCGCCUCGCUCGAAGAGGAGUUGGAGCCCUCGGAGAAUGGAACAUCCUUCUUACUCCGACCGGGUGUUGAUUCGUCAUAGGGGUGAUUCCAUGGAGAGAAGAAGGCUUGUGGACGAUGGUAGUAGAAGAAUUCGAUCUAGGUCACCUCCUAUUCUAGAGGCCAAAAGAGCACGCCCUUUCUACAACGACGAUUGGAUUGUUGAUAGAAACUUAUCUGCUGGUGAACGACAAUCAAGAUAUGAGUUCUUCGAUCAUAUGGACAUGAAACGUGGUGAUGUUGAUUCUCCUACCAGGAAUGAGUUCAGUUAUGGCCGGGGUUCUUCCAGAACAGCUAUAAUAGAUGACAAAUUUGAAGGUAGGAGGAUCGACAGUGGGAUGGGUGAAAUGGUGAGUGGGAAAUCAGCAUUUACAGGACUCUACAGAUCAACCCGAGAAGUGGGAAUGGGACCCACCUCCAGACCUGAAAGCAGUAAAGAUAUCUCAUCAUCAUCACUGAACAUUGGUUUAGAACACCCUGAUAAAGAAAGAUUUAGGUACCCAGAUACCCGAGGCUCAUUUUCAUUCGAUAAAUACUCAUCUAUGAAGCAAUAUGGGGAUGAUGGGGAUAAACAUAUGGUUCUUCUGAGGGAUCCCCCUUACUCAAAUUUGCCAGCAUCUAGGUCUAAGGAAUCAAUGAGUGCAUCUCACAUGAAGGAUUAUACAAGAACAUCUCCACAAAAGUCAAGAAUUGAUCAUUUAGGUUAUCGAAAUGACAUACCUUUAUCAAGAGACAACCAUCCAUUGAACUCUUCAAAUACAUCACAUUCACACCCUUUGUCUCCCUCCAGGUAUGAACAAAGGCAGCAUUUGGACCAUGGAAGAGACCCGUAUCUGGACUACAAUGAGGAUACAGGUCAAUACCAUCAUGACACAUUUAGUCCUCCAAGAACCAGACAUCUUGACUCUUUACAUCUUCAACCACGAAUACAAGAAAGAGAUGACUACUUAUAUCCAUCUGAUGACAUGUAUGAAAAGAUGGAUAUGCGUGAGAGAGUGGACUACAGGGAUAGGGAGAUCUUGAAACCAAAUAUGUUGGAACAUGUCACACAUCGAGCAGAAGCAUCUGAUUUUUCUCACAGGAGUAGAACUUCAUUGGAGUAUCUUUCUUUGGAGAAGCCACCAGCUACACAUAACAUUGAAAAAAGAGAACAUACAAAGUAUCUUGAUCCAGAUAGUGUUCACACACGUAUUGGGAGGAAAAUAUCUAGAGAAGAGGAAAUUCCAUACAUGGGUAUGCCACAAGAUCAUGAAAUAGGACAUGUGAGAGUAGAUUAUGAUUAUAAACAUGAUGUAGGUAUAGAAUCUCAUAAGGAAAGAAGAAGAGAUUCACCAAGAUUCUUAUAUGAAAUGGAAAGGAUUAGACCUACUGAAAGAACACAUAGGAUGGAAGAAAGACAUGACCUUUCUCCAUAUGACUCAUCAAGUAGGUUUAUGAAGAGGAAAUACAUAGUGGAUGAUGAAGAAAAUAGGAUUCCAAUUACUUCUAGAAGACACAAUCAAGAUUUUAGUGAUGAGGAGUGGGUAGAUGAGGAAUGGAUAGAUCAAGAAACCAGAGGUUCACAUUAUACUAAAAGAAGGGACCAUAUCCAUGACCAUGGGUUCAGUAGAAGGGUAGACAGGAUUUACGAUGAUGAAACAGAAGAACUCAUGCAUGAUCAUCAUCAUCAUCAUCAUCCUAUGAAAUUUGAAGAUAAAUAUGCAAAAGGGUAUUCAAGAUCUGGUGGUUAUAAUUCUAAUUCUAAUUCACACCAUCAAAACAAAAAGCAUGCUCUUUCCAAAUGGAAGAAUCUACCAAGAAGAAGUGAAGUUGACAUUGAGAAUGACAAUGACAAUGACAAUGACAUGUACUCUGGUGGAAUCGAUCAGUAUGAAGAUUGGUCAAAUGUUGCAAAAUCAGAACCACGUGAAGACUCUCAAGAAUUCAAACAACUUGUACAUGAUUUCUUCUUAUCUUUCACAAAAAAAUUGAAUGAAAACUCAAGUGUGAGAAGAAGAUACAUGGAGCAAGGGAGAGGAGGUAGCUUAUUCUGCAUCGUUUGUGGCAGAAGUCUUUCAAAAGAGUUUAUGGACACACAAAGGUUAGCAAUGCAUGCUUUCAUGUCAAGAAAAGUUGGAUUAAGAGCACAACAUUUAGCACUUCACAAGGCGAUUUGUUAUAUGUUAGGGUGGAAUGGUUCUUUAUUACCUCAAGAAACCAUUAGAUGGUUUCCAGAACCUCUUUCCUCUAAUGAAUCUUUGGCCCAAAAAGAAGAUCUAAUAAUCUGGCCUCCACUUGUCAUAGUUCAUAACAUAUCAAUCUUGAACAAUGACUCAAAUGCCAGCGGAGUGGGACCCACAUCCAUUGAAGAACUCGGACAGUUUCUGAGAGGUAAAGGUUUGAGUGGUGGGAAAGUUAGACUUGGGAAACAUGCAAAUUGCAGCAUAAUGUUGGUGAAGUUUUUGGCUACGUUUUCUGGGCUACAAGAAGCAGAAAAGAUUCAUGAAUAUUUUGUCAAGAAUAAACAUGGAAGGAAAUAUCUUGAACAAAUAAUUUCCGGAAAAGGGAAAAGCAAAAAUGGGGAGGGUGAAAAUGGGAAUAAUGGAGAUAAAGAGGGUGAGAGAGUAGUGUUUGGGUACAUGGGUAUUGCUGAAGAUUUGGAUAAAGUUGAUUUUGAUACAAAAAGGAAAUGUUCCAUUAAGAGCAAGAAGGAAAUUAAGGACAUUGCUGAUGCUCCUGUGAAACCUGAGUGAAAAAAGAACAAGAAAAAACUCUUCUUUAGAGCUUAUUAUACUUUUUUUUAUUGGCUUUCACUUCAUAUCUAUGCUAUUAUUCCUUAGUUUUAAUCCCACAAAGAGAUUGUAUAAUCCCCACGUUUUGAUCUAAGAACUUUGUUUUAAUAUUAUAAAAUGGUUUUAAUAUGUUUGUGGC